AUGGUGGCAUACACUUCGACGCCAGCCGACGUGGAGGCGGCAGAGGGCCUCCAGAACGAGAAGACGGUGGUGGUGGUGGAGAAGCGCUCGUACACGGCCUGGAUGUGGAAGCUGUCGGCGGCCCUCCUGGUGGCCGCCCUUUGCCUGGGGACGGUGCUACUCUUCGCCUGGUACUGGCACGGACGACCCGAAACCACGACGGUCUCGGUGGGCCCGACGCAAGCGCUGGUGGGCGACGACGAAAAUUCAGAUCCGCACAACACGCUGAAGAGGAUCAGCACCAAAGCCAAGGCCGCCAUUCAUCUCGAAGGAAUUCACGAGGAAGGCAAGAGCGAGAACGAGCAGCUACAGUGGCGCAACGGCCAGGGUCAGGCCUUCGCGCAGGGCGGCCUGACGCUGCAGAACAACCAGAUCGUAGUCCCGCACACCGGCCUCUACUUCGUCUACAGCCAGGCAUCCUUCCGCGUGUCCUGCAGAGACAACAGCGGCGAGGAAGGCCUGGCGGACGCUUCGGGGAAGCCCCUGGCCCCCCUGAGCCACCGCAUUUGGCGCUACUCCGACUCGGUGGGCCGCAAGACCUCGCUGAUGAGCGCCGUCCGCUCGGCGUGCCAGCACAGCGGCUCGGCCGAGGACGAGCAGCGCUCCAAGCAGAGCUGGUACAACGCCUUGUACCUGGGCGCCGUCUUCCAGCUCAACAAGGACGACCGGCUGUGGACCGAGACCAAUCAGCUGUCCGAGCUGGAGACGGACGGGGGCAGGACCUUCUUCGGUGUCUUUGCCCUCUGA